AUGGCAACCGCGACAACUUUCUCAACUGAUCCAGCCCUCUGGAUCUUCACCUCUCUGACCGCCGGAUCCUCCCAUAUCGUCACCGCCACCUCCCGCCUCGAGACCAUCCUCCGAGCCAACCGUGUGCCUUUCAAGGCCAUCGAUAUCGCAACCGACGAGAAAGCCCGCAUGCUCUGGGGCCGCCGUGCCGGUAAGGAUGCGUCCGGACGUGUGAGGAGGCUUCCGGGUCUCAUACAAGAGGGUCUGGUUCUCGGCGACCUUACCGAAAUUGAGGAAUGGAACGAAUACGGCGAGCUCAAGCAGCAUGUGAAGAUUUACUACGACGAAUUCACUAUCCCAAACAUCCAUAACAAGCCCAAGAUUAUCAAGAAGGUCAUCAAGAAGAAGGUCCCGGCAGCAGAGGGCGAGGCAUCCAGCUCCGGACCAGCACCUCCCGCACCCCCCGCUGCGCCACCCCUGCCCAAAAAUGAAACCUAUGAUGCCACUGCAAAGCCUCCGCCCUCCUCAGAUGCGAAGCCUGCAGCUGGCAGCUCAACCGCACUCCCUGUUCGCUCUAUCGCUGACGAAGCAGCUGCAAAGGCUAAGCAACUUCGGCUGCAAUCGCUGCGCGAUAAAGUUCACGGCAAGAAGAACGAAAAGGCUGAGGAGGAGAAAAAGGUUGAUGACAACAAAACUGAAGACACCGUUGCCGCGGCGGCAUCGACGUCGGCUGAGACCUCCGAGACACAAAAGAAAGGAGAACCUUCUGCGCAAGAAACGGCCCGAAAGAGCUCCGUAGCGAGCACCCACAGCGGUUCUUCAACCUCCAAGCCCGCCGGUCUCCAGUCCCCAACCACGGGUUCCUGGGGUGCCUCGACCACCAAUCCUCUUGCCCUCCGUGAGACCCUGCAGUCACCGACGACGGCCCGAUGGAAGCCCUCCGACGUUGAGAAGCCGGUUACCUCACAUAUGGGCGCCCAGGUGGCGUCUGCGUCUCAAGAGGAGAUUGCGGCUAUCGAGAAGGCCGAGGCGAUUAAGGAGGAACCCGAGAAAGAGGAGUCAUCUGAGGAAUCAUCUGAUGAGGAGGAGGAGGAUGCACCAAAACCUCCUAUUGUGAAAGAGGUGUCUCAAGAGAAAAUUGCUGAGGUUGAGAAGGCGCAGACGAUCAAGGAGGAACCUAAGAAGGAGGCAGAAGAGGCAGAGGAGGCAGAGGAGGGCGAUGAAGAUGACAGCGAUGAAGAUGAUGUAAACGAAAGUGAGCCAGCCGCUAAGAGACCUGACGCAGUCAAGGAGGCGCCCAAGGCUAUACCAAAGACCGAGGAGAAGGAUGUAAAGGAGGAAGCUGAAAAGAAGUGA